UGCAAUACUCCGCCUAGGACCCAGAAGGGAGGCCCCUGCAGAGAAUAGAUUAAGACGUUUCUCUGAAAAGGAAGAAAAGGGGAGUAAAAGUACGCUUGGACUCUGGUGCUGCAGAAGCCGUACAGAAGAGAUGUUGGAAGAUGGUGACACCAGAAUUGUAUGAUGGCCCCACCGGUGUGUUCUGGCCGCUGUUCCGUUUGCCCUUCCCUUUUACAGGUAAAAACAAUGUAUUCCCUGUACCUGCCCUUGCUGGUGCUGUGUCUACAAGAUGCACAGAGCGCCGGCGGUGUCCUCGCACUCCACUACAGCGGAAACACUUCCGACCGGGAAGCUCAUUUAAAUCCCCUCCUGAUGGAUGUUGCUCCUCCUCUAUCACUCGGAGUAUAUGAUAAAUAUGAUAAUAUAUUUACAAGCCAAAGCAAAGAACAAGCCAAAGCAAAAACAUGUGAGGAGAUGUUCUUGCCCAACAAUAAGCUGCAGUGGGUUCCUGGAGAGAACAGGCUGAUUCCUCUUCAUGCAGUUUCAAUCGAAAACUCGUACACGACUCGCAAAGACUACGUCUGCAGACCCAAAGACUUCUGUUCCUCUGGGUUCUUCAGCAUAGCCAAAGGUCCCUACUGUCAUUACCCAUAUUAUGGAGAGGAACAUCAUACUGAGAACUUUGAGUUCUUGGUAAAUCCGGGUGACUUGGAGAUGUUAGAGUGGAAGUCCCGUUCCGACACAACUGAUUAUCAAAACACUGUCAAGGUCUGCCAGGACGGAUAUGUUGGGAAUAACCGGUACGGUGUGGGAUUUGUGAUUUCUAACAGAUUUUAUCUGCCCUAUGAUGGCAAAGAAUAUUCUUACAAAGAUUACAAUGUUCUAACAAUAAAAACUGAGAAAUACCAUCUGGACAUGUCUGAGAUAAAGUACCGGAUGGACUGCGCUAAGAAAGCAUCGCAUCCUCCCCAAAACCUGAAAAUAUCUAAGGUGAUCAAUAAUAACAAUGAAGAGGUGAAUAAGAAAGUUACUAUGGAGGAGACAAUCCAGAAGACGAGCUCCUGGGACACAGGCACCUCCACCAAGCUGGCUAUAUCAAGUACCGUUAGUGCAGGCAUUCCCAAAAUCACCCAAGCGUCUCUGAGUGUUUCGGUCGAGGAAACAAAGUCUUUGUCUCAGGGCACAUCAGUCAGCGAGUCCCAGAAACACUCGCUCUCAGUGGAGGUCCAUGUGCCUCCAAGACACAGCUGCAUCGUGAGGAUGGAGGGGAGGAAGUUCACGGCCGAGAUCCCAUUCACAGCUCAGCUCACCAGGAGGUACACCAGCGGUAAAAUCAGUCACAGCACCAUCAGCGGCGUGUACAAAGGUGUGGACAUGGGAGAGAUCCACUGCGUGGUCGAUCAAUGUGAGUCUCUGCAGUUGAUGAGUCCAGGAAGUUCUCACCGUUCAAACAGCGCUUGGCUGACAGUCACUCUCCUCACUGUCUGUGUGGCAUCACUUACAGCUCUAGCUUUCACCACUUUCUUCUCUUGAAGAGCUCACAGAUGAGGUCUCGCCAAGUAAUUAUUAAUCAACACAUAGCUCUGUCUUUAUACCUCCAGUUACAUACGGCUACGAACGUUAUUUGAUUUUUGCACAUGGCAAUAGUUUGUGUAGAAAGCACUUCGCUGUAUACUUACCCUCUCUUCCAAAAAAAUGAACAUCUACACUUCACAACUUAAAAGCAAAUUAUUCCAUUUAAUGCAAUAAAACAAAAUAUCACAUAGCCUGUGCUUAGUAUUAGUAGCUCUCUCAGCCCCUCAGAGCUGCUGAAUCCCUCCCACACUGACAAAGGGUCUCCAACCUCUCUCUCUGAGACAUGUUUCUCUCCUGAUCUCCAGAGAGCUCCAUCAAUGAGUUCAACACCAUCUGCUAAUGAUUAUCUGUGUAUUUGCUAUUUGAAUGUCCAUUCAGCAGUUAUGGUAAUAACCAAAUAUAUAUUUUUUUACUUACAGUGUAUAAUUAUUACAUUUACACUUUCAUUUGUUCAUUCAGCAGAUGUUUUAUUCCAAAGCGACAUACUGUACAUCUCACCUCUAAUUAUCCAAACAUUCCUCACACAAUGUGUUGACAAAGCACCAUUUUGUAAAAUGAAUUCUGAACUGAAAAUGCAGGAAUAAGAAUUAAAAACCAUAUUUUGCCACA